AAAAAAAAGACUAAACCCCCGCAAGAGAAGGGAAGCAGCACAGACACAGACUGCAGCACAGAUGAGAGUGAGAGACCAUGGGGCCCAAGGACGAGCAGAAAUGAUGCCUGCAACCCUGGAGACGAGUGAGGCCUCUGGUUUCCUCAUUUUUUAAAAAAUAUUUUAAUUUCGAAUAAUCCCUACACCCAAAGUGGGCCUCAAACUCACAACCCCAAGAUUAAGUGUUGCGUGCUCCACCGACUGAGCCAGCCAGGUGCCCCUGGUUUCCUGAUUUUGAUCCUCAGAAGCCCAUGAGGGUCCCUCUGCCGGUGUCAGCAGGGCAUCAUCCCAAGAGCGGAGAUGGACUCUGGCCCUGGAGCCUUCUCUCCUGGCGUUUGGAGAAGGCCUUUGAGACUUUCCUGGAAACUCCUUGGACCUUCGUUGUACCAACAGCUUCCAGCAAACUCUUUACCACUGUCUUCCUGGCAGGACUUACCUGGAGACAGGCUUCAGAAGAAGUGUGACGACUUGACUCACACCAAGGACUUUCUGAGGACUACCACCACCCUGACGAGGCUGAAAGUCUGGGGAUGAGAUGCGUCAUUCACAGCCUAGCUGGAGAAAGAACGGUCCAAUCUCAGCUCCGUGUUUGUACACAUAGCAGGUGGCACGUGUGGCAGGCGUGUUAUUCCUCAUCCUUCCGCCGAGCCUGGCCUCUGCAUGGGGACUCCUAGGAGGAGGUGGCCCCGGGGCGUAUGCGCACCCUGCGCACUGCCCGCAGCCGGAGGAGAGCGCAGGGCCGGGACUUGGUGGCCCUGGGUUCCGGCUGCCGCUCUGACAUUUCACCUCGACCUCAGCCGGGAUCAACUCUUCACUUCACCAAAACCCCUGCCUCCCGGUGUCUCAUCUGAGGAUGGCAGAGCGGCAGGGCCAGGAGCCUGAGUGCCCUGUCUGCUGGAACCCCUUCAACAAUACAUUUCACACCCCCAAAGUGCUGGAUUGUUGUCACUCCUUCUGUGUGGAGUGCCUGGCCCACCUCAGCCUGGUGACCCCAGCCCGGCGCCGGCUGCUGUGCCCACUCUGUCGCCAGCCCACUGUGCUGGCCUCCGGGCAGCCAGUCACUGACUUGCCCACAGAUACUGCCGUGCUCACCCUGCUUCGUCUGGAGCCCAACCACAUCAUCCUGGAAGGCCACCAGCUCUGUCUUAAGGACCAGCCCAAGAGCCGCUACUUCCUGCGCCAGCCCCGGGUCUAUACGCUGGACCUAGGCUCUGAGCCUGCGAGCCAAGCGGGGCCCCCCCAGGACAUGGGCCCUACCACCAGCUCUCUGCCCAUUCCCAUCCCCAGACACUACUCUCUGAGGGAGUGUUUCCGCAACCCUCAGUUCCGGAUCUUUGCUUACCUGAUGGCUGUUAUCCUCAGUGUCACUCUGUUGCUCAUCUUCUCCAUCUUUUGGACCAAGCAAUUCCUUUGGGGUGUGGGGUGAGCAGUUUCUGGACAAGGAACCAAGCCUUUAAAAAUUAUUCUUUAAAUUAAAAAAAAAUUCUUAUUAAGUAGGCUCCAUGCCCAGCGUGGAGCCCAACAUGGGGCCUGAACUCACAACUCCGAGAUCAAGACCCAAGCUAUCAAGGGUCACACGCUUAACCAACGGAGCCACCCAAGAGCCCUGGAACCAAGCCUUCUUGACUGCUGCUGGGGAUGGGGACGGCACAGCCUCGUUUGGGGUUAUCUUCCUUUGUAGUAUUGUUCAUUUUUACAAUCUAUCAGUCCACGUGUUUGCUUCUGGAAACAGAGACCCCUACUAUGAUGAGAACCUCUGAAAGCUAAAAGUCUGGGAAAAGAUGUGGAGAGACCUCUGGGUGUGAGCCACAGGGCCAAGGAAGGGCACAGAAGCAGAUCUGCGAUUAUAGGGCUACGGAGCAAGUUGUGCCAAAGGGCUGGACCACGCUAGCCCAGAGAGAAAGUUGCAUUUCUCAAUGGAGUUGCUUCAAACUCAGUUCACAUCUGAGUUGCUCUUUUUAUUACACGUUGCUAAAAUUUUGCAAAGUGAGCUUCAAUUCUGUGAGCAAAUGUGUACGCCUUCUUUCAGUUUUCUCUUUGAAAGUCUUGCCACCAGUCCCAGGAAAAAUGGUGCGCAUUCAUUAAUUCACACAUUUACUCAUUCGACCACCAAUUAUUUGGCCAACGUUGUGUCCGAACUAGGGGAAGAGAAGGGUGGGGUUAUCCAUGGGUGACACAGAACCUGUAACAGCAAGGAGGCCACGUUCACUCAGCUGUUUCUUGUAAAAGGCCACCUCUUGUCAGUAUGUGUUUUAUGGAGUGUCAAGAGUAUAAAAGUUUAAAGGUGAAAAGAAACCAGGGUCAGUGGAUCAAAAGAAAUCUGGGAUUUGGAGAAAAGGUGUUUAUUCCUCCUGACUAUGCCUGGAUAUUGGGUAGAGUGGACUCCCCUCCUCCAGGCAAUGGAAUUCUGACCUUGACAGGUAAAGCAGAAGCCCUGGACAGAGGAAAAGACUUAGCGUCCAUCACAGGCCAUGCAGAUAGGGGACCCUGGUCUUCAUUUUACGUGACAGAACCUGAGAACCAAGGCAAACUAGAUGCUUUGGCUGAUUCCCCAGUUUUAAUACUGCCUAGUGGCCCAUGGCUCUGGAACAGUCUCAGAGUGGUUAAAACACCAUCACAAUUAUGAAAAGAUCUUGAUUUGUAGAAUAAAUUUUCAGAGGUCAGAAACUGAGUCGGUUUUAUUUGUUCUAAAAAUUUUGUGCUUAAUGGAACUAGUUUCUAUAAAUUCUUAAGGGAUCUUAAUGUACGAGAUAUUCCA